AGAGGUGGUUCAUCGCUUGUUUUAGUGGAUUCUACUCUUGGACAAGGCUGUAUAAAUCAAAUUAUUGACCGAAAAAUCGUAACGAGAUACAUUAACGAAAAUGAAUAGAAAAAUUCCGGAUAUUAAAUAUACUCAGUUAUUUAUUAAUAAUGAAUUUGUGGAUUCUAUAAGUCUUAAAAAAUUUCCUACAAUAAAUCCAGUUGAUGGCACUGUUAUUGCAAAAAUCUCAGAAGGUGAUAAGGCAGAUGUAGACAAGGCAGUUGCAGCUGCAAAACAAGCAUUCAGUAGAGGAUCAAAAUGGAGAAAUAUGGAUGCAUCAGCUCGUGGAGUGCUUAUGAAUAAGUUUGCAGACCUUAUCGCAAGGGAUUUGGAAUAUAUUGCCACACUUGAAACUUUGGAUAAUGGGAAAACAUAUUCAAAUGCUGUUUUUGAUGUACAAUGUAGCAUAGACACAAUUCGUUAUUAUGCUGGAUGGUGUGAUAAAAUCUGUGGAGACACUAUUCCAGCAGAUGGAAAUCUUGUUUCAUUUACACGCAAGGAGCCAGUUGGUGUAGUGGGUCAAAUUAUUCCUUGGAAUUAUCCUCUUGUCAUGUUAGCAUGGAAAUGGGGCCCAGCUUUGGCUACUGGAUGCACUAUGGUUUUGAAACCAGCUGAACAAACUCCUCUAACUGCACUUUAUGCCGCAGCACUUGCUAAGGAGGCUGGAUUUCCACCUGGUGUUGUAAAUGUUAUUACUGGUUAUGGCCCAACAGCUGGUGCUGCUAUUGUUGAACAUCCAGAAAUUCGUAAAGUUGCAUUUACUGGAUCUACAGAAAUUGGUCGUCUUAUAAUGGCAGGUUCUGCCAAGAGUAAUCUUAAACGAGUUUCUCUUGAAUUGGGUGGCAAGAGUCCAUUGGUUGUUUUUGAUGAUGUUGAUGUUAAGGAAGCUGCUGAAAUUGCUUACAAUGCAAUAUUUGGAAAUCAUGGACAGAAUUGUUGCGCUGCUUCUCGUACAUAUGUACACGCUAAAAUUUAUGAUGAAUUUGUUAUGCAUGCUAAGGAAUUAGCACGAAAAACAAAAGUCGGUGAUCCUUUUAAUAGUGAGACUCAGCAAGGACCACAAAUUGAUCAAGAAAUGUUCGAUAAGAUCUUAGGUUUGAUUAAAUCUGGGAAAGAAGAAGGAGCGGUAUUGGAAACUGGAGGAGAACGUCAUGGGAAUGUUGGUUAUUUUAUUAAGCCCACUGUGUUUUCAAAUGUGACUAACAACAUGAGAAUUGCAAAAGAAGAAAUAUUUGGACCUGUUCAGUCUAUUUUAAAGUUUGAAACAAUGGAUGAUGUUAUUGAAAGUGCGAACAGUACCAAUUAUGGUCUUGGUGCUGGUGUUCUCAGUAAAGAUAUUGAUAAAGCUUUAACAUUUGUACAAGCAGUACAAGCUGGAAGUGUUUGGGUGAAUUGCUAUGAUGUUGUUACACCACAAACUCCAUUUGGUGGAUUUAAACAAUCAGGAAUAGGUCGCGAACUUGGUGCAGAAGGAUUAAAGGAAUAUCUCGAGACUAAAACAGUAACUAUUAAAGUGCCAACAUGUAAUUAAAUAUAAUAUAUACAAUCAUAU